AUGACACCGAAGCGCAUCCUAGUAAUCGCUGGCUCGGACAGUUCGGGUGGGGCCGGACUAGAAGCUGAUCAGAAGGUCAUUGCAGCCCAUGGCUGCUAUGCUAUGACCGCUACGACUGCAUUGACAGCGCAGAACACGCUCGGCGUACAGGAUAUACAUCACACGCCACCGGACUUUGUGCGGAAGCAGAUUGAUGCUGUUUGUGAAGAUGUUGGUGUGGAUGUGGUCAAGACCGGCAUGCUUGCCUCCGCCGAAACAAUCUUGAUCACUGCGGACGCUUUCAGGAGACAUGAAAUUAACACUACUAUUGUUGACCCUGUAAUGGUGUCAACAUCUGGCUCACAGCUCCUUCCUGAAACCGCCAUUUCAACACUAAUUCAACACCUCCUGCCUCACACUACGCUUCUUACACCAAACCUUCCAGAAGCACGCCUACUGCUCCAGACCGCCGGCUUGAAUCUCCCUGACCCCCAAAAUGUCAAAGAUAUCGUCUCCAUAGCGCAGCAUAUCCAAUCACUAGGACCGAGAUGGGUAUUGCUGAAAGGUGGCCAUUUACCAUUGACCCACGGCCAUGUAGUAAGCACCCAGAAUAGCGAACAAGAUGUCGUUUUGAAUGUACUUGUAGGCGAGACUGGAGUCACGAUGCUGGAAAGCCCGUAUCUGCAGUCAAAGAACACGCAUGGAACUGGAUGCUCGUUAGCAUCCGCUAUUGCAUGUAAUCUGGCUGAGGGAAUGUCGAUGGUCAAGGCAGUGAAGAAGGCGAACCUGUAUGUUGAAGCAGGAAUCAAGACAGCUGUCGACUUAGGACAGGGGAUUGGCCCAAUCAAUCACUUCCACUCAGUGUAUAUGCUGCCUUUCACACCAGGGAACUUUAUCAGUUACCUGCUGGAUCGAGAAGACGUGCAGAAGCCGUGGAAGGAGUAUACUCAGCACGACUUUGUGCAGAGUAUGGGCGCUGGGACAUUACCAGUGGAGAAGUUCAUGUACUAUCUUGUGCAGGACUACCUCUUCUUGCUGACGGAUGCGGAGGUUCAAUUUGCAAGAGCGAACGCGCUGUCUGCAUACAAGUCAAGCAACCUGAAAGAUAUCGGCCGCUCUGUGCAACAGGUCGUCACCCUCCAAGAAGAGAUACAGCUGCAUAUCGACUUCUGUAAAGGAUACGGACUGUCAGAAGCCGAUAUCAUCAAUGAAGAAGAGGACCAAGCCACCACGGCAUACACCCGCUACGUCCUCGACAUCGGCAUGUCGCAAGACUAUCUCGCCCUACAGAUUGCCCUUCUCCCCUGCCUCAUCGGUUACGGCAUCAUCGCUAAACGUCUCUAUGAAGAUGCCAACACUGUGAGGGUGGGAAGCAAGUACUGGAAGUGGAUUGAACAAUAUGUGGCAGAGGAGUACAGGGAGGCGAUGAUGAGAGGGAGUGAGUUGGUAGAGAGGCAUGCCGAAGGGUUGAGUCCGAGCAGGGUCGAAGAGUUAGCGGGUAUCUUUAUACACGCCACAAAUAUGGAGAGAGGCUUCUGGGAUAUGGGGCUUAGAGCCGGGGAUGAAACAAGGUGA